GAGUCUGACUGACCUGACCUCGCCGUUUUCUUCUCUUCUCUUCUCGCCUCUGCCGAUCCCUCCUCCCCUGCUUGCUUGCUUGCAUUGCAACCUCUGUCUCUCCAUGGCAGCCGUGAGCAGCCAGGACAAGGAGGGGGCUCUCCAGCUGAAGCAAGCAGGAGAGAGCAAGGUGUUCUCCAAGCUGUUCACCAGGGAGAGCUCGGCAGCGGCGCCGUCCUUCCGGGUGUACUACGGCGUCGCCUCGGCGGGCUCCGUGCCCUUCCUGUGGGAGUCGCAGCCGGGCACGCCCAAGAACGACGCCGUCUCCACGGCCACCCUGCCGCCGCUCACGCCGCCCCCGUCCUACUACACCGCCAGGCGGCAGCAGCACGCCGCGGCCGCGCGCAGCCACCACCGCAGGACCAUGUCGUCCUCCUCCUCCUCCUCCUCCGCCGCCGGCGGCACCGGCAGGAACAAGAAGAAGCUGCUGUCGGCCAAGCAUUACACCAGAAUCUUCAGCGCCAUCCUGCCCAAGAUGAUCCUGCACAGGUGGUCGUCGGCCACGUCGUCGCCCUCCGCCUCCUCCUCCUCCUCCAGCAGCUCCUCGUCCUCGCGGUCGGCCUUCUCCUCCUCGGCGUCGGCGUCGUUCCGCAGCGCGCGGUCGCCCGCCGCGUGCUCGUCGAUGACCAUGCGGAGCCGGGUGUUCGCGUUCUCGGCCGCGGACGAGGACGGCGGCGAGGAGGAGGAGGAGCAGGCGGCGGCGCCGAUGUGCUUCAGCGUCGUCCGCCACGAGAGCUUCCGGGCGUUCAGGGGCUGCCGCGUCGCCAUGACGGUGAAGAGCGCGCUGGCGUCCGUCGGCGCCGGCGGCGGCCACGGGCACGGUGCUGGGCCCGCCGCUGCACAGAAGGUGUAGUGGUACCCUUUAGCCUCACUGCAUGCAUGCAUGCAUGCAUGCGUGUUGCCGCUGUUGCUUGGAUUGGAUUGGAUUGAUCGAGAGCUGCGUGUUUUAACGGCGUGCCUUGUUGUGUGUCUCUUUCACGGAGUAAUGUUGGAAUGUGUCUCAAGAAAAGGAGUUCAUCAAAGUAUUUUAUAUACUAUAUUAUAUGAUAUGGUGAAUUAAGUCUGAUGUAAUAACAGUGUGUAAAUUAAUGUAUAACGAGCGAAUAACACGCAGCAUCUGUAUGUGAUGUUAAU